CAGCAAGACUGGAGGAGGAGUGCAUCCAUCUCUCUGACAGGCAUAUAUUCUUUUUUUUCUGGAGUCAUUUGAUCUACAGGAGUGUCACAAGAAGAAAGGGUGGCAAACUCAGCCUGGGACCAUCAUGGGAAAUGAACAGUCAGCUUCUGAAGAAGUAACUGAGAAUGGGAUAAUUCCAGAAAAACAUGAAAAUGGAUCAGUGAAUGGCAUCUCUGCAAGCAUCACACUCAAUGGAUUGGAGGCUGAUGUCAAGAGUGACGUCACAGUUCAUCAGAACGGCAAGCUGCAGUCUCCAAAACUUGAGACAAAAGCUGAACUGGAUAAUGUGACACCUGAACCAGAGCUAGAACCGGCUCCGACUGAAAGUGUGUCUGAAACCACUGACUCUCCACCAACUGACACGGAACCAGUCAAGAAACACAAAGAGAAAAGUCAUGGUUUUGGCAAAUUCUUCAAAAAGAAAGACCGUAAAGUGGAAGAGAAAACUGAGGUUCUGGAAAAGGAAACCAUCUCCAGUGAGGAGCAACUGGAUGCAAGUCAGCUUCACAUUGAGCCUCAGCAGGAGACGGCAAACGUAAAGCAAGAGUCGGAACCUGUGACCGAGCCAGAGGUCGGAGCGACUACAGAGUCGAGUCCAGAGGAACAGACAGUUCCUGAAAGCGAGAACAGAAACGAACAACCUGAGGAGAAUCCAGUUAUGAACUUCUUCAAAACACUAGUUACUCCCACAAAAACACCUAAAAAGGAAACAGCUGCUCCCGAUACUGCAAAAGAUCAGUCCCAGAAGGAGACCGCACCUGCAGAACCCACCACUGUUGCACAGACAUUAGAACAGUCUGCGGCACCCAAAGGAAUGCCUGCUCCACCCCCGCCACCCCCAGAGCCUCCGAGACUGGAGACCAAAGGAGAACCAGCUGCCAAAGCUGCAAAGCCAACACAAAAAGAAGAACCAAAAACUUCUGCAAAAGAACCCGAGUCUGCAAAAGGAAAAUCCACAAAAGAUGCUUUGAGUAAAUUCUUCCGACCAAAGACUAUCAAGGAGGAAACACAAGCUAUUGAAGUAGAGGUACAGCCAGUUGUAGAAGUACAGGAGACAGCAGUGGAGGCACCAGAGCAUGUUGUAGAAGUGCAGGUUGAAUCUCAGCAAGCUGCUGUGGAAGUGAGCAACCAUGUUGGACAAGAGGAGAAGGUGGAUCCUUCCAAAGCUGGCACACUGGAGGCAGCAGCGAAGCCGGAACCACCUCCACCAGUUCAGGAGGAAAAGAAACUAACCUCCAAACCAUCUUUCAUGUCUCUCUUCAAGCCCAAAGUACUGUUAGAUACCAUGACCACAAAAGUCCAAGCAGCCUCCACAAGUGGAGUUCGGCUCCUCAAGAAAUCAACUGGCCUGGCUGCUGACCCCAAACAGACAACUCCCACCCCGCCCGCUCCCGCAGAGUCGCCUCAGCCUGCUAAAGCCAAGGAGGAACCCAAAGCUGUGGCCAAGUCAGAGGCAGUUGUAGAUAGCAAGCUGGUGGCAGCCGCCUCUCCGGCUGGAGACGAUGCUGCGAGUCAGCCCAAAAAACUGGAGAAGAGGAACUCCAUCCAGCUGUUCUUCAAAAAUCUGGGUCAGAAACGCCACUCUACAGAUGCUGGGGUCCAGACAGAACCAGCAACUGCUGCUACAGCAUCUGAGAAAACCAAAUGAACCCUUUAAGUUUCCCUGUACAGAACCCCCUGGCUGUCCCUUCCCUUCCCUUCCCUUGCUCUUACUUUGUCUUUGUGUCUGUCAUAUUUUGUCAUCAUAUUAACUACAUUUUUAGAUGUUGCAAUAUGAAAAGGAUUGCUUUUAAAAUGAUUCAGGAAUGAAUCGCAUGUGGGUAAAUGAGGAAAAGGAGAAACGGUGCCUAUAAAAUACUCUACCCAACCUCCUAAAAUGGCAUGUUUAUGGUGAUGUAAAAAAAAAUGGUUCAAAACACUUCAGAUCUAUUCCCACCUUUAACACCAACUAUAAGUUGUGCAUCUCUGAUCAAAGGCAACCCACAGUAGCUUAAAGCAAAAGCUGUAACAAUAAUAAUAAUAAUAAUGCACUCUUUCAAACAAGGUUUGUGCUUUUUCCACAGACUCAAUAUUAGCCGGGACAGACCUCUCAUCAUGUCACAUACCUCUGAUUAACGCAAAUAUAAUUCAGCUGUUCUGUUCCUGACAUCUCUUUAGUCACAGCUUCCAGUAACAGUCACACUCUCCUGGGGGUUUGAAUUAAACAGAAUUAUGAGGCACUAGAUGUACUAUGGAAUAAAGUUAUUGUGGUAUAUUUGAAGAAAGUCAAUCCAUCAUCAUCAAUUUGAAAAAAUGUUGUGUAACAGUGAAGAUAGUACGAAGAUUUGGGCAUCCCUCCAAGAUUGAUAAAAAGACAAAUCUGACCAGGUUUAUAGCAACAUUAAAUGAGCUGCAAGAAUUUCUGUCAAGUACAACCUAUACCUCACACAACACAGCAAUCCCAUAUAUUCGCAAAAGGUUUUUAUUAUUUAGAAUUAACAUCCAAGUCUGGCUGAAAGUUCCAAAAAACAUUUAAAGUUUCCUAAAAUUGUGCAGGAAACUAUGACCAAACACCAUCCACAGUGAAGCACAGUGGUGACAGCAUCAUACUUUGGGACUGUUUUUCUUCAACUGGAACAAGGGAGUUAUGAACGAUUUCACAAAUUAGUUAAUGAUGUAUCAAAACCUUCAGGGUUCUGGUAACAAACUAAUCAACUUACUACUACUGGAAUAAAGCAUGAAAGUGAGCACACUUAUGUAAUAUUUUAAGUUCAUUAUAUAAAAAUGUGCCUUCAUUUGAGUUGUAGUUUCACUAAAGGUGGAAACAUAUCUGACAUUAAUUAUUUGAGUUUUUUUGGGGUUAUUUUACAUCUCCCAAACCUGGCAUUUGAUAUGGUUUGCAGGCUUUUUACAUUCACCUUAAGGCAAUGUGAAAUGGAGAUAUUAUGGCAUCUUCACUGAAAUUUAUAUUUUUGAUCAUAAAAACACAUUGAGUAGUGUAGCAGUGUGAGUGAAAUCUUUUCUACAAACUUUCACGACUAGUCUGACUUCUCCACGUUUUUGUUCUAACAUAUUGGGCUUUUGCAAUAUAUAGUCAUGUGUUUUGCUUUCAGUAUCUAAUUCCUGUGCUAAAAUCAAAGUAGCGAUGCCGUGUGGGUUAUGUUAUGACAUCCAGGCACUUCUGUAACUGGAGUGGUUCCAACAAAAUUGAAAUGAAAGAUAUGUGGAAUUAUGGAGAGAAAAAAAAUCAACAGCUUAAUUAAACAGCAUGUACAAGCACAAAUAUAAAUAUAGCGUAGCAUUGAAAUAUUGGGUCAUACAAGAAAUGAUGCCAAGGGAAAAUCUUUGUUUUUCACUUGGAAUCUGAUUGUAAAUACCAAUGUUAACAAAUACACUGGGGAUGGCAAAGUCUUGUCCACAUCUGUCCUUUUGCAUCCUGUCAUUUAGUCUAAGCCUUAUUAUAGUGUUCGUCAUUUUUUUGUCGCAUGUACAAUUAACUUGCUUUUGAUUGGUUACAUGCAUGUGUAACUUUUGUCAUCUCAGAGACAAUAAACAUAUUCAUCCUUCA